CUCGCAUUUAUCAUUUCGAAUACAAAUUGUGUCCUAGUUUUGAGAACAGCGGGCCUUGCAAAGCUAGUUUUGAUUCCGGAUUUUCUGUGAAUUGUGAAUAUUCGUUGUUUUGGAACUGCUUUAUUUGGAAUAUACGUUAUAAAGAAAGUACGGUGACGCCGUGGUGCACUACGCAACUCUUACACCAGAACUCCAUGAACAUGAUGUAUAACGUGUGACUGACUGGCCAAAAAUGGACGUCAGGUGGUUGAUGGUUGUCGUCUGUCUGACUGGAGACGUUACAGCACAGCUUAUAGGUUGCCCCCUGCAGUGGGAGAGCUACGGUGACAGCUGUUACCAGUUCGUUUAUAGUACCGUCAUGACAUAUGAAGAGGCCGCCUCUGCAUGCUGGAUCCAGGGAUCAGCGCUAGUCAGUGUAAACGACGGAGCGGAGUUCAGGUUUAUACAGGAGUUCCUCGGGAGCCAUGUACAGGACAAAGAUACACAUUGGUACACGAGCGGACGUUACGUGAGUGGCGUGGUGACUUGGGGCGGGGAUGGAACGUCAACCAACAAUACACGUGACGACUCCUACUGGAUUUUGCCUCGCUACUACGCGUACACAUACUUUGGAAAUAGACUCGUCUACAGCUUCUCACUGUCCCGAAGUCAGUUCGCCUGGAGCGUGGUGAUAGGAUACGACCCGUACAACUACAUCUGUGAGAUCCCGAGACGAGAGGUGGGACGCAUCAUACAACAACAUAGAGGCUUCGCUUUCGGCUACGGAAAUUUGAGUUAUAAUGAAGUACCGAAGGGGCCGAAAUUCAUGAACCUUCCCCAGAACGAGGUUAUAACGGACUCCAUCCUCCCCUUGUUGAUGGAUUGUCUGGCUUCUGGUACCCCGCAGCCGUCGUACAAGUGGUACAUUAUGAAUCCACAAAUGGGAAACAACUCUAAGGAGAAUUACACAGAGCUGACGACCGGUGGUGGCAGCAAGCUGACGCUGUCUAACGGACGUUUGACGGUCACGAAACCCGAGGAACGGGCGGACACGGGGACUUACGUUUGCGAGGCGACCAACAGCCAGGGUUCCAUCCUCUCACCGCCAAUAGAAAUAUCAUUUGGCUAUCUGGACCAGUUCAGUCCAAACCAGGUGGGAUUCGUACAGGCCCUGCUUAUGAAGGGGACUUUCAUCAACUGCAACGCACCCUCCGCCAAACCAGCGCUGAGCUACCAGUGGUAUAAGGAUGAUAUUCGCAACUUUGUCCGCCCCGAGCUCAAUAAAUACUUCUUCAUUUCGGACAACGGCAAUCUCUACUUCUCUGAGGUUCAGGAAACGGACCGGGGUAACUACUACUGUGUUGUGACGCUGAUUCCGCGCGUGAACGAGAUCUUGAUCUCCCAUCAGCCCGUAUCCCGUUCCAGUCGACCCAUCGAGCUCAGGAUCAUUGGAAACCCGUCACUGGAUUACGGCCCAAUCAUCCACCCUGACUUUAUCGCCGUGUUCCCCAAACCGCCCAUCGUCGGCCAUAAUGUUAGAUUGGAGUGUUUCGCCUAUGGAAGGUUACCGAUGCAGUAUUCCUGGUCUCGCGCUAACGGACGACAAUUCCCCGCCGGUACCUACUUCAUGUACGAGAACCGCGUGCUUAUUAUUCCGAAGGCGCAGUUUGACGCUACCGGAAACUACACAUGUCACGUACAGAAGCGGACAGGCACACAGGCUACAGACACGCGCUCUUUCUUCCUCACACUUGAGGCCUAUCCAUACUUUGUGUUCCCUCUACAUGACAUGCACGCGGACGUGAACAGCGAGCUCACGUGGCGGUGCGAGGCGAGGGCCAUACCCGCAGCUACAUACACGUGGUACAAGAACUCUAAGCGCCUGCAGCAUGUUCCCGGUCAAGUAGAGAUACGGCGGAACGUCCUGUACAUCCGGAGCCUGGACAAGUCACGUGACGAGGGGAUGUACCAGUGCGAGGCCGCAAACGCCCACGGCACCAACAAGACUUCCGCCGAGCUCCGGGUGCUAUCGUUUCCCCCUAAUUUCAACCGGCGGCCGCUUCCCAGGACGGCGCAAGCGGCAGAGGGUGGCAAUCUGACGCUCCACUGCCUGCCGGAUGCUGCGCCACAGGCAGACAUAACGUGGUCUCAGAAUGGCGGCCAGAUUAACCCGGACGGGCGACGCGAGGUGUUCUGGGACGGGUCGCUGCGGGUGACACAAGUUUCCGGUGGUGACGCCGGGACCUACACAUGUCAAGCCUCCAAUAUUUAUGGCGAGGCCCAUUCAAAUACUGCAGUAACGGUUUUGCCUGGCAUACGAUGGCAGACGAAACCGACCAAUAGGAACGGAAACGUUAACACGACCGUGUUUCUGUUUUGUGAGGCAAGUUAUGACGUCACCAAGUAUGACCUCACCUACAUCUGGAAGUUCAACGGCCGGAAUAUCAACACGACACACGAUUUCUUCUACCAGAUAGGCGGCCGCCAGAACGUACCAGGCCUGUACAUCCGGAACGCUCAGUACUGGCACACCGGGGCUUACGAGUGUGUUGCGCAGACGGUCCUGAUCGCCAUUUCCGCUUCGGCCUUUGUCAAUAUUCUAGGGCCCCCAUCUCAGCCGGCGGGAGUUUUUGUAGUUGGCAACCCCGGCGGGCCGCCUGUUAACUCCCCUGGGUCACAAACACAGAACGCCAGCUCGAUCGCACGAGUAAUGUGGACGUGGAACCCGGCGGCCGAGCACGGGUUUCCCGCCAUCUUCUUCCACAUCGAGGCUCGCAGUGAACUAGGCGGAGUAUGGGAGUAUAUAGCUUAUGAUGUGCCCACUCAGAUGACAGUAACAGACGUUGAGAUGCGUCAUUUCUAUGACGUGUACGACAUUUUGCCCUACAAUUCAUAUCAGUUCCGUGUGCGCGCCGCCUGCCAGGUCGGAACGGGACCCCCGAGUCGGCCCUCAAGUUAUUUCAAGGUUCCGAUGGCGCCUCCUCGUGUAGCUCCCAGUUAUGUGACGGGCGGCAAUGGUUCCGUGGGUCUUCUUACCAUCAAAUGGGAGCCUUUACGGAGGGACCAGGAGGGCGGGCCAGAUUUCGGUUACCGCGUUUUCUGGCAGCGGAAAGGGGACAGCAGGAAAAUAUUCGCUGAAGCAGAUGUAGGUCGUAAGACUCAGCAUUCGGUGACGGUGGGGCUGGACAAUUUCUACCUGCCAUAUAGCGUAAAGGUACAGGCGUACAACCGCAUGGGGGACGGGCCGCUUUCUGACCUAACGACCGUAUACUCUGCCGAGGCCAUGCCUCCUACACGGCCGUCAAAAUUACAGUACCUGCCGAUUAACGGCACGGCUGUGACGGUCACGUGGAACCAAGUACCCAGCACGCGCGAGGCGGCCGGGGGCGUAGUGCUUGGCUACCAGAUCGACUACCAGGACGCGUACAAUCCGAAUGGGCAGAAAAACCGCGUGUUCGUCUAUUGUACGUGUGGUCAGGGUAAUAUUGUCGGCCUGGAUCCCAACUCUCACUACUGGGUGAAUGUGGAGGUGUUUAAUUCAGCGGGAAGGAGUGUACCUAGUGAGAAAUACCUCGUAGAGACUUAUGAGUCACCCGCUUCACGGUACCCUCAAUUUGUGGAGGUAUUGCCUGACACAGAGCACAGCGCCCGGGUCAAGUGGCGGGGCGUCAAUAUUCUCCAGAAUGAGGGAACGCUUUACGGGUACAAGCUGAUGUACUGGCCUGUAAGUGACGACCUACGCACGGCCAACUUUACGGAGGUGGGAAUAGUGAACGAGGCGGUAAUAAACGGACUUCAGACGGACAUCAUUUAUAGGCUGCGGGUCAUGGCCGUCAACAGAGGCGGCGAUGGCAGGAAGUCACCCACACUCUACUUCUCCAUCAUUAAAGGUGGAGGGAUCAACCUAAACCGUGCCAAUUUCGACCCUACCACGUCCGAGAUUCUCUUUUUAUCAUCCGCAUCAUCCAUCUCUGCACAUAUACUUCUCACUAUGGUGACAGUUCUCGCGUGCGUGUGCAAAUGGACGCUAUAAAAGCCAUCACGCAUUACAAACACACGGCAAAAAGUCUGCAGGGACAUUUUUACAUUUGAACCUUCCGAAAACCUAUGUGUGUGAUAGACUUGCGUCGUGCAUAUAACGGCAUGUGAACAGUUAGUAACAUGACUGAUAAAACAAGGUGAACAAAAAACAUAAACCCUUUGCUGUAAAGUGAACACGGAAAAUACGGGAUGUGUUCAUUUGGAAUGUAUUUGUGUAUAAGUGACUAGUGUAUAACAUGUAUUGACAGGUACCGACAUAGUGCCGUCGUGUGGCCAUGCGCAACAUGAAUGUCGUUAUUAUAACUGUUGACAUGGACACUCACGAGGACUAUUAGAUAACGUAGAUUUAUGUUGUAAAUUACCUUUUAUAAGGCUUUACUAUGUCCUAUUUCGUUCAUAUUAACAUACUUUGUACAUAUUCCACUUUAAAUUCAUUCUCACAGCGUGUAAUACCUGACUAUUUUUGCUUUUUCAUAUUAGUUACUGCACUAAAUCAGUGUGUGUAUACCACGUGAUAAAUUGCGUCAUAAAUGCUACGUCGGAAGGCAAUAUUUUGAUUUGAAAAAAUACUUUUAACAAAGAUACUUCACUAUUUCUUCACCAUUUCAAAUGAAACAUAGCGCAGUCUACGCCGCUUACAGAGCCCUACAUUCGGUCUUAUACCAGAGUUUGAUUGAGAGUUUAGUUUCUUUAAACACUUCGACAAACCUUUUCACAAUACGGCCGUCUGACGGAGCACUGUCUAAACAUGAUUUUUGAAACAGGGUUGUCGAAGUUGUUGUGUCCGCUAGUGGGAGGUAAUUCUUGAUAGUAUUUUCAUUGAUCUUUGCGCUCAAACUUUUGGGUAAUUGUUUAACUUUCCGCUGCUCUGUCUCCCGCUUUUUCAUUGCUGACGUACUGUAAAUGGUGGCUGAAUGAUAAAUCUUUCGUUCCUUUAUAUUCGGCUCCAUGGGAUGCAUGGUGUAAGUUUUUGCAGUAUAUAAUAAUUAUUCAUGUUCUUUGAUAGUUUGGCCACUUUAUUUUGAAAGCAAAGGCUCUUCUAGCCCAUAUUUUGUUAUUUUAAUUUUUGUGUUAAUUCGUACUUAAACAUGUUCGUACCUUGGUCAAUUUCGUCCGUAGGCCUUUAA